AACGUAGCCCAGCCUGAAGAAUCUCCACAAAUCAAUCAUAUAAUCCAAACCAGUAGCCAUCCGUUUGAGCGGCAAUCGCAACACCUGCAGAGCGGAGAGGAAGCUUUAGGAGUUGAAUAGAAAUGGCUAUUACACUCAACAAUGGAUUCAAAAUGCCCAUAAUCGGUCUGGGUGUAUGGCGUAUGGAAGGGAAAGAGAUUAGAGACCUCAUCAUUAAUGCUAUCAAGAUUGGCUAUCGCCAUUUUGACUGUGCUGCUGAUUACCAGAAUGAACCAGAAGUAGGGGAAGCACUUGCUGAAGCUUUUCAGACUGGGCUUGUCAAGAGGGAGGACCUUUUCAUUACCACCAAGCUGUGGAAUUCAGACCAUGGACAUGUUAUUGAGGCCUGCAAAAAUAGUUUAAAAAAGCUUCAGCUUGAUUAUUUGGAUCUCUUCCUUGUUCACUUUCCCAUUGCCACAAAGCAUACUGGAGUUGGUACAACUAACAGUGCAUUGGACGAGGACGGGGUGCUGGAUAUAGACACAACUAUAUCCUUGGAAACUACCUGGCAUGCUAUGGAAGAUCUAGUUUCCAUGGGUUUAGUUCGUAGCAUCGGAAUCAGCAACUAUGACAUCUUUCUUACUAGAGAUUGCUUAGCCUAUUCAAAAGUGAAGCCUGCUGUGAAUCAGAUUGAAACACACCCAUACUUCCAGCGUGAUUCUCUUGUCAAGUUUUGUCAGAAGCAUGGAAUCUGCAUUACGGCUCACACUCCUCUUGGAGGUGCUUUGGCUAAUACUGAAUGGUUUGGUUCAGUAUCAUGUUUGGAUGAUCCUGUUCUCAAAGGUUUGGCCGAGGGAUACAAGAAAACUGCGGCUCAAAUUGUUCUGAGAUGGGGCAUCCAGCGAAACACAGUGGUCAUCCCUAAGUCAUCCAAGAUUGAGAGACUGAAGGAGAAUUUUGAAGUAUUUGAUUUCGAGUUGAGCAAAGAGGACAUGGAACUGAUCAAAAGCAUAGACAAGAGCUACCGAACCAACCAGCCUGCGAAGUUCUGGGGAAUUAAUCUGUAUGCUUGAGCAUAUCAAUGGUUCUAUCUUUUUUGGAAUGUUUAUGCAGAGAAUAAGACCAAACUGAACACUUCCCUUCAACUGCAUCUGCUAUAUUAUGAUUGAUAACAUUCUCAA